AGUAAUAAUCGUAGUAAAUUUGGCAUAUACUAUCGAACCUAUAGCUUUUGCUAGCUAUGGCAGGUUGGAACAACGUCAAUAAUCGUUGGCUGUUUUGUUGCUCGUGGAGAGUCCAGCUUCUAGCAGUUCUAUGGUGUAUGUGUUGCUUCAACAUUGCUCAAGCAGUACACCUCACAGCCCUUGGAAUUUAUUCCACGAAUGCUACGGUUACAUUGUGUCGGAAUUACAAUUUCACCAUUGUCUUCGAAUGUAAAGCGUCCAGCCCGACAUAUUUACAGUGGUCAAGCUCACAACUGAUGGAAUCCAAGAGUUUCUUGGCUGCCAAUGAAAACGGAUCUUUCAAGUUGGACGGAGAAUUCAUGUUUUACCUUAUUAGUGUAAUACCUUCAAAUAAUGGAAAUCGAUAUUUUAUAUCCCAACUUCAAGUCCCUACAACUUAUUUCAUUGACAAUGAUAUAAACCACACAACAGUGACCUGCAAAACAUCAGACGACGCUGACGGCCAGACAUGGGCAAUAAAAUUCUCUGUAUCCGAACAAUACAAACUCACCGAAGAAAGUUAUCUGUGGCAGUGUUUACACAGUUAAGAAUAAGUGUCUGGAAUGUAGGGAUGCCAUAAAAGGCAAAGAGACAAGACAGGGAUGACCUAAUGCAGUGGAAAGCCGACCGGAAAUUAUUAAUGCAAAUAUGACAUCAAUAGACACUUUGUAUGUUUCCUGGAACACAGGGAGCAUUAGUGGAAUUGUGAACAUUGCCAUCAAAUUGAGAACUGCCAGUGAGAUAGAAAAUGCAGCUGUUGUUGAUGGGAGUAGCACAGAUAUCCGCUUUCGAUAUGAUAACUGUCUGUUUCAUGGCAAUGUGACUAUUAUUGUUGAGGUGUUUGAUAACUGUCAGCGAAAUUUCGCGUCUGAACCCUACUAUAUCUCUCUGACAACAACGGAUGAGCUACCUUCAUCAACUUUUGUAGGAGCUAUCAAUAAUUAUAGUUCGCUCUCGACUUCACGGAUAUCUACGCACCAGCCUUCGGCAGUUAUUUACACAUCUAGUCCAACUUUAACAUCAACUCCAUCAUCUGAUACUUCACAGAAAAUAGUUGUAGGUGGUGUCCUGAGUAAUGUUCUUAUUCUUAUAUUCACUUUUACUGUUGUAACGUGGUGUUAUGCUUGUUAGCUGUAUUACGUAACCACCUCUAUCAGGAGUACUUUAGUGUAUGUCUGAUUCUAGAACAUUCGUUGUGCAUGUGAUACCAUUGUAUUGUACACUAGGAGGUCGAUGUAUAAUUAUGUAGACUGUAUUGCCUGAGAGAAUCAGAUUUUGUGUAGUGGACAAGUCAGUUCUUGGUUCGCGGCACUACACGUCUCUCGACUAUAUCGGACAUGAUUACAUUAUGCUCUUAUUGCAUGAAAUUAUAGUUCAUAGCAUACCAGCCAUAGGUAUAAUAGAUAGAUAGAUAGAUAGAGAAAUAAAUAAAAACCACCACCACCAUAUUUACAAACCCCAAAAUAUCCACACAAAACACAUACACAAAUACACAUGACAUGACAUGAUAGUAGGACACUGGGUGCCCA